GUCGAAGGCGUGAAACGCAUGCUGCCUGUACCGGGAAAAACAACAACAAACCGCAGAAUUAGCCAAACGUUGACAUUGCGUUCACAUUUCUUAUUUUUCUGUGUUGGUAUCGUCACUCGUUGUCGGCAGACAUGUCUGGAAAGGCCAAAGAUAUCCUGAAGAUGGAUCUGUAUGGUCUACUCGACGUUGAAAACACUGCUACAUCGAAAGAGAUCAAGAAAGCGUAUCGACAGAAAGCCUUGACAUGCCAUCCAGACAAGAACCCAGACAACCCAAAAGCAGUGGAGCUCUUCUACCAGUUGUCCCAGGCUCUCGAGGUGUUAACUGAUGCUGCUGCCAAGGCUGCCUAUGACAAGAUCUGCGCUGCCAAGAAACAAGCAGAAGAAAGAACCAGGAAGUUAGAUGAUAAGAGAAAGAAAGUUAAGCUUGACUUGGAGUCCAGAGAGCAACAAGCGGAAGCUCAUUAUCAGGAGGAAGUGCAAAUCACUAGAACACUUGAAGAAGAGAUAACCCGUUUGAGAGAGGAGGGAUCCCGGCAGCUUGAGGAGGAACAGAGGCUCAUCAGAGAGCAGAUCCAGAGAGAGAGAGAAGCACAGCAGCAGCAAACAGGAGACGGACAUUCAGGAGUGGAGAGAUGUUUCAAGAGCAUUGUGACCCCAAAAUUGAAGUUAAAGUGGAAGUGUAAAAAAGAUGACGAGACGAAUGGAGGCUACUCUCAAGACAUUCUUUUCACACUUCUACAAAAGUAUGGAGAUGUUUCGAAUGUGAUUGUAUCGAGUAAGAAGAGAGGAAGCGCUGUGGUUGAAUUUGCAACUGUGAGAGCAGCUGAGCUGGCAGCUAAAAAUGAAAUUGGCCUGAGUAAAAACCCCUUAAAGAUUUCGUGGCUUGAAGGACAGUCCGAGGUCAUUGCUCCAGCAUCUCAACCCGGCCAGUUCUUAUCUUCACAGGGCGCCAUGGCAAAUGAGCGUGACUAUGAGAGUGUGGUGAUGAUGAGGAUGAGGCAGGCCGCUGAACGUCAAAAGCUCAUAGAACAGAUGCAGCGAGAUGACGACGACGAGGCUGCUGCGUCCUAGCACAGCACCCACCUCGGUGCCAGCCUGCACCUAUUAAAUAAAUACCCGUUUCAGGCUUUAGUUUCAUAAAGACUGUUAUGUGGUAUAUUGAUUUUUUUUAAAUAUGCAAUACACUGUGUGGUCAAAUAAAUCUUUUUAUUAACUAACAAAAGGA